AUUUUCGUAGUACGAAAAGAAGUUUUAAAAUUGAUUCUGAAGAAGGCAAAUGAAAGCGCGGGAAAACCAACGACGGCCACCGCUGCGACGGCCGCGAAAGGCGGAGAUUGAAGACGCUGAAGAAAUGCAGGACGAAGAUCUCGAGUUAGAGAAAGUUAGGCUUAUAAGCUUAGCCCUUGAAUUCGGAUUUGAUGAAGACUCCGCAAAGACGUGCUUGAAUCGCCUCGUUGAGCUCUACGGUGAUGACGGGCGAGAUUUCAUCAGUGUGGAGCUCUGUGGAGAUGAAUUUCUUGCGUUGCUGGCUGAAUCUAUGCAAGACACUGAGGAUUGGGAUGAUUUGCAAGCAAUUGAAUCAGAGGCUUGUGGAGCUCUAGCUGAUAUGUUGGGUAAGGGUGCUCGUGAGGACUGUGAAGUUGAUUGUGAUGAGGAUUCUGGCGCCUAUGUCCAUGUUAUUGAGGAUUCACCCCAACAACAAGGGCGUGCAAAAGCAGUGCUGUUGGAUUCUUCAAGUGACAGCGAAGAGAUGGGUAUUAGAUUUGCAAGCAAAGAGGAUCUCCCCUCUACCUCUAAGAUUCGCCGUGAUAGAAUUCACCAGGGCAUGAAUCCACAAUCAGGGUGCCGUGCCUCAACGUCGAUGGAUUAUACGAGUGUGGUUACUGAAGGUUCAUAUUCAUCGGUCUCCCCCGAAAUGGAGUGCCCCUUGGAAUCAAAUCACAGGGACAAAACCCUUAGUUAUGAAGAGUUGCAAAGGUUGGAUGACAUUGAACUGGCAAAUGUGGUAGUAUUUGGAAACAGGUCCUUUCGUCCUUUACAACAUCAAGCUUGUCAAGCAUGUCUUCAAAAACGAGAUUGCUUUGUUCUUAUGCCAACUGGAGGUGGUAAAAGUCUUUGCUACCAGCUUUCAGCGAUUGUUCAACCUGGUGUUAUGAUUGUUGUAUCUCCCCUACUUUCACUAAUUCAGGAUCAGAUAAUCACCCUUAACCUCAAGUUCGGGAUACCAGCAACCUUUUUAAAUUCCCAACAAACUCAAUCACAAACUGCAGCUGUACUACGAGAAUUAAGGCAUGAUGUACCAUCCUGCAAGCUCCUCUAUGUAACUCCUGAGAGGAUAGCUGGAAAUUUAUCAUUUCAAGAAACCUUACAAUGUAUGCAUAGAAAGGGACAAUUGGCUGGUUUUGUUAUUGAUGAGGCUCACUGUGUGAGCCAAUGGGGACAUGAUUUUCGACCAGAUUAUAGAGUAUUAGGAUGUCUUAAGCAAAAUUUUCCAGAUGUUCCAGUGAUGGCAUUAACUGCCACAGCAACCCAUGCAGUCCGUGAAGAUAUCUUGAGUGCUUUAAGAAUUCCUCGUGCCCUUGUCCUUGAGACCAGCUUUGAUAGAUCCAAUUUAAAGUAUGAAGUUACUGGAAAGAGCAAAGAGCCACUCAAGCAACUUGGGAAUCUUUUACUGGAUCGAUUCAAGAAUCUAUCUGGAAUUGUGUACUGCCUAUCAAAAAGUGAGUGUGUGGAUGUCUCAAAAUUUUUGAAUGAGAAAUGCAAAAUCAAAACAGUAUACUAUCAUGCUGGUUUAGCAUCUCGUCAGAGGGUUGCAGUUCAGAAGAGGUGGCGCUCUGGAGAGGUUGAUAUCGUUUGUGCAACUAUUGCUUUUGGAAUGGGAAUUGACAAACCUGAUGUUCGGUUCGUUGUUCAUAAUACAAUGUCCAAAUCUAUUGAAAGUUAUUAUCAGGAAGCUGGAAGGGCAGGAAGAGAUGGCCUUCCUGCUACAUGUGUCAUAUUAUACCAAAAGAAGGAUUUCAGUCGAGUUGUAUGCAUGCUAAGAAGUGGGCAGGGCUAUAAAAAGGAAAGCUUGAAGAGGGCCAUGGAACAAGCUCGAAAAAUGCAGAAAUACUGUGAACUUAAGACUGAAUGUCGUAGAAAAUUGUUACUUGAACACUUUGGAGAGUCCUUUGACCAAUAUUCCUGCAAGAAUGGUUCUAAUCCAUGUGACAACUGUCUCAAGUCUUCCUCGUGAAGGUUCUACAUUUUAAUCCCAAGAGAAGGCCACAGUACAAAUAUCAA